AUGCCAGAUGUGCUGCAUCUUCCCAAGGCUACGAAGAUUGAGCUUGUCGAGUCUGACGUGAAGCAAAUCACGUGCCCAGCCCACCUCGACCGCCUGUACAUCCGCAAGCGAGGCAGCAGUGCCGCCCUGCCAAUCCCUGCGUUUGAGCAUGCGAGGAUGGUCCAUGUCAGUCUCCCAGACUCGUUCCUGUCACGGGAGCAACUGACUGACCUUGGCAGCCGCGUCGACACGCUGGUGUUGCGUGCGUGCGUCAGGAACAUGAGCGACCUGCAUGUCAUUCCAGACCACGAGCUGCAAUGCUGCAGGAGAUCUGACUUUCCAAUCCGCCUUGUGGCGCACGUGCCACGCCUGACACUCCCCAGCACCAGUUCUGGCGCUCCCAUCCACAACCUCUAUCUUCUCUCCAACCGCCAGCGCCUGUCGCUUGAAGGCUGUACCGUGGAAGGAGAGAUCACGGGCUGUCGCAGUCUGUUCCUCCCAGCAUGUCGUGGCGCUGCCACUGUCACCGCCACGCAUUACUUGUCUGUUCUUCGCGGCGUGGUUGCUUCAGAGCAGAUGGGCGACGAUGUAUUUUCCACGCUUCAGGUCGCACGUGUGCGGGACGUGUCCGCGUGCCACCUGGACUCUUGCAGUAUCCAAGACUUUGCCUGCAUGCAGAACGUGCAGCGGCUCGUGCUAAGGAACUGCACCUUUGACAGCCUCGACAACCUCCCACCAGUGGCCUCACUUCACAUGCUCAACUGCACCACGAGUGACAAGGCGUGGGCGUGGCCAUGGCUGAUCCUCGUUAACCGGACUCCAGAGGAAAUGCGACGUGUCUUGCUUGCAGGCAAGAAGCACAAGCGACGCUGA